CCUCAGGGCGCACGCGCCGCCUCGCCCCGGGGGCUCUCGCGCACUCGCGCGGCGCCCGUCGGGCGUCCCCGCCGCUCGCCCCGGGGAGCGGGCGCGCGCGCGCAUCCUCCGGCCCCGCCCCCAGCGGCGCGCGCCCCUACGGCGGCCAAGAGGCGGGGGACGCGGGCGAGGCUGGUCAUGGAGGCCCUGCGGAGGGCCCAUGAGGCCGUGCUGCGGCUGCUGCUGUGCCGGCCCUGGGCCUCGGGCGCCGCCUCCCGCCCGAAGCCCCGCGCAUCGGAGGUGCUCACGCGGCACCUGCUGCAGCGGCGCCUGCCGCACUGGACCUCCUUCUGCGUGCCCUACGGCGCCGUCCGCAACGACCAGUUCGGCCUCUCGCACUUCAACUGGCCCGUGCAGGGCGCCAACUACCACGUCCUGCGCACCGGCUGCUUCCCCUUCAUCAAGUACCACUGCUCCAAGGCCCCCUGGCAGGACCUGGCCCGACAGGACCGGUUCUUCACGGCGCUCAAGGUCGUCAACCUCGGUAUUCCAACUUUAUUAUAUGGACUUGGCUCCUGGUUAUUUGCUAGAGUCACAGAGACUGUGCACACCAGUUAUGGACCAGUAACAGUUUAUUUUCUAAAUAAAGAAGAUGAAGGUGCCAUGUACUGAAACUGUGCAUUGGAGGAUGUAAAUAGCAGUAGAUUUUAUCAUGUCUACAAUCAGAGUGACUUCUUAUCCACAUGGUGAUAGGUAAGUCUCCUUGGAGAACAUCUUUGACAAACUACCCUAUUGAUCUCUGUAAUUCUCUGCUGCUUGCAGCAUUAAAUAGAGCCUUGAUUUCUUGUCUGAUGUGCUCACUGUGUAACAAUUAAGCAAAUGUAAUAUUUUCUUGUAUUACAUGAAAAUCAAUAGACCUCUUGCUCUCAUGGAGUUGAUCAUGGUGAAGGAUGAACUCAACAAUGGCUAAGGGCAUGGUUCAAAUAUUUAAAAUAUCAUUCCUUGGAUUUAUGAAGUCUUGUAGUGAACAGUUUAGUCUGAAAAAAUGCCUCGCAUUGAACAGCAAUGGUUUAAGUUUUUUCUUUAAAGUUGGAUAUUACAUCAAAGUAUUGUGGCCUAAAAAAGGAUAAAAUAUAAAUGCUGAAGGCAGGAGAUUGAUUCUAUUUUUAGCAACACUGCUAUCUUACUUUUUGACCUCAGGCUAAAACUACUCCCUUGUGUUUUAGUUUUUUCCACCUGUAAUCUAAGAAGGACAAAACAAGAAACAUUUCUACCUUAAAAUGUAUCAUGAAUGUGCUUGUAAGCAAAUGUCAGUUUUACUACCUUAAUUUCAGAAAAGCUGGUUUUGUAAUCCUCAUUCUUGUGUUCCAUACAUAUUUAUGUUUAAAAGACUUCAUAAAUAAAAGGACUUUAAAAAUAAGGUGGGAGGAAGGGAGGAGGAGACAUGUUGAAGGCAGUUUGCGUGUGUCUGUGUGCAUGCUGGUUAUGUCUGAGAUGGCAGGCAGGGUUCCAAGUGGACCCUGCCCUUCUGGAUAGCAGGAGCUUUCUUACUUGAUGAAACAGAAACAGCUUUUCUGCCUGUACUUCUUUAAUGUGAUUUUAGUCUUUAAAAUAAUCCAGGAAAAACUAUUUUUUUUAAAUGAAGAUGAAGAUUUAUUUUAGUUUAAAAUUUUACAUCUCUUCUAUUGUUAUUUCUAUACAAAUCAAUUAUCAAGUACUGGAAGAAAUUUCUAGUCAAAAUUCAUGGUUCCUGUGUAAGUUGUGAACCACCAUAAAGAUGCAGUAACAGAGUUGGGAGUAAGAAAGAGGUUGCUAGAAAAAAAAAAUCCAAGUUUCUCACUAUUAAUAUCUUUUUUUUUUUAAUUUGGUUGCACCAGGUUUUUUUUUUAAGAUUUAUUUUAUUUAUUUAUUUAUUUUUAUUUUUGGCUGCGUUGGGUCUUUGUUGCUGUACACGGGCUUUCUCUAGUUGUGGUGAGCGGGGGCUGUUCUUCGCUGCGGUGCGCUGGUUUCUCAUUGCGGUGGCUUCUCUUGUUGCGGAGCACGGGCUCUACAGCAGAGGCUCAGUAGUUGUGGCGCAUGGGCUUAGUUGCUCUGCAGCAUGUGGGAUCUUCCCAGCCCAGGGCUUGAACCUGUGUCCCCUGCACUGGCAGCAGAUUGUUAACCACUGUGCCAUCAGGGAAGCCCUGCACCAGGUCUUAGUUGCAGCGGGUGGGCUCCUUAGGUGCAACAUGCAAGCUCUUAGUUGCAGCAUGCAUGUGGGAUCUAGUUCCCCGACCAGGGAUCAAACCCAGGGCCCCUGCAUUGGGAGCGUGGAGUCGUAACCACUGAGCCACCAGGGA